ACCUGGUACACUAAAGAAGCGUCCACUCCUUACUUUUGGCCCAUCCACUCUAAAAUCUCCGCCAGAAACACGACCGAAACGCCAACGAUAAUAACAAAAAUGUCGAAACGGGAUUUACGAGACUCGUCCGUACCGUACACCGCUCUCCCAUCAAACCCUAACCUGCAAAACGUCAUCGUUUUACCCGUUUAUUACCGCCUCCCGAACCAAAACCGCCGUUGUCUCCGCUGUUGCCUCGUUUUCACCGGCAUCGUCGUCCUCCUCUCCGCCGCCGUAUUCUUCCUGUACCCUUCCGAUCCAACUCUCCAACUCGCCCGACUCCAACUCAACCACGUCCGAGUCAACUCGUCGCCCGCACUUACCCUCGACCUCUCUUUUUCUUUGACCAUCAGGGUCCGUAACAGGGACUUCUUUUCUUUGGACUAUGACAAGCUUGUCGUUUCGGUUGGGUAUAGAGGGAGGGAGCUUGGGGUGGUGAGUUCGGAAGGUGGGCGUGUGAGAGCUAGAGGAAGCUCCUACGUGAACGCCACGCUUGAUUUGAAUGGGCUUGAGGUGGUUCACGAUGUGAUUUAUUUGAUUGCGGAUUGGGCUAAAGGGGUUAUUCCCUUUGAUACUAAUACUAAGGUUGAUGGAGAUCUUGGUCUUUUCCUCUUUAAAGUUCCCCUCAAGGCAAAAGUAUCAUGUGAGGUAUAUGUAAAUACAAAUAACCAGACAAUUGUUCGUCAGGAUUGCUAUGCUGAGUAAUGUGGCGGACGGUGCUCUGAUCUACCUUUUCAGCCCAUAUAUGUACUGGAAGUGGACAGAAUUGGACGCUGGGUGAUUUUGUCAGCCCUUUGGUUAUAUUGUACAUGUUAAUGUAAGUGAUCCUAGUUUGGGUAGUUGGUGCAUAUUAACUAGAAUUGGAUGAAAACGGUUUAUUCAACUAAGAAAGGAAGCCAUUAUUUUUUUCCCCUCUAUCUUACAUAUAUGAUUUAUUAAGAUUUACAUGGAUGAGGUUGCCUA